UUUGUGUUCUAGAAGGCCGAUAACAAGCUAGCGGGUAUAUACGCCGGGCUAAUAUGUGACACGGAUGGGGUAGCAGGAAAAGAGAGAAGACAGGUGUAGCGGUUUUACGGCUGCACUUGCACUAAACAACGGUUCGGGCUGGUGGUGGUGGUGGUGACGGAGGAGUUCAAUAUGGACAGGUAUGGCUGUGGGAGGGCACGGGGUGCUUUGUACAGGGGCGGGGAACAACGGAGUAAAGUGACUAUGUACAAGACUCUGGUUCAGAGAGGGCGACUGUGGCUGUCCGUGGCUCUGCUACUGUUGCUAUGUCGGCACCCCCACACCGCCGCCGCCACCGUGCUCUUUCGUCGAACCAACAGCCACCAAGUAAGCACGCUGUCUACGUCCUCUGCGUCCUCUGAGGGCUGUAUCGCCCGCCCCCCCGUUGAGAAGAAGACGAUGAUAGUGAACAGGUAGCGCAGAGAAAAAAAUUUGCCGGGCAUCGCUGACGUAAUCAGAAAGCUUGCCCCGUCGGGGCGUCGGUGGCGAAGGGGGAGGUGGUGA